UCCGAGUGUGGAGUCAGUGCACGCUCGGAUGCGUCGAACUGUCGGCGAGCGCUUCGUCGGUGCAUCUUUUACUUUUCCUCGGCGGCGAGCCAUCUUCCAAGCAGCUGAGACGUUCCGACGUGGACGGUGCGUCCUUCGGCGCCGUUUGCAUUGCCCCGCCGCCGGUUGCUCUAGCGGGGCUGCCCCGUCUUUCAGGAAGACACCGUGAUGACCUCGGCCGUCCAGUCGCCUCCUCCUUCUCCUCCUCCUCACCGGAUUCACUGAUAUGCAGCUGGCAGCAGGCGCCAUGGUGUGUGCCCCGACGUCACUGGCGAUGCUGCUGCUGCUCGUGGCCGGGGUGCCCGUGCGGCCGGUCGCGGCGCGCAAGGGCCACCAGCACCAACAGCAACAGCACCACCGGCCCGACCCGCUGCUGGUGCACACGGCCAAGGGCCCCGUCCGCGGACUGGCCACCGAGUCACCCACGGGCAAGCCGGUCGACGUCUUCUACGGCAUCCCGUACGCAAAGCCGCCCGUGGGCCGCUACCGGUUCCGGCACCCAAAGCCCAACGACCCGUGGAAGGGCGUCCUGGACGCCACCGUGAAGCCCAAGUCGUGCUUCCAGACGGUGGACACCUUCUUCGGCGACUUCCGCGGCAGCCUCAUGUGGAACGCAAACACCAACAUGAGCGAAGACUGCCUGACGCUGAACGUGUGGGUCCCCCGGCCUCGGCCCAACGCCAGCCAACCGGCCGCCGUGCUGGUGUGGAUCUACGGCGGCGGAUUCUACAGCGGCACCUCGACGCUGGACGUGUACGACGGCCGCACGCUGGUGGCCGAAGAGCGCGUCGUGCUGGUGUCCAUGAACUACCGCGUCGCCUCGCUGGGCUUCCUCUGCCUCGACCACCCGGAGGUGCCGGGCAACGCGGGCCUCUUCGACCAGCUCAUGGCGCUGCAGUGGGUGCAGGAAAACAUCGCCGCGUUCGGCGGCAACCCGCGCAACGUCACCCUGUUCGGCGAGAGCGCCGGCGCAGUCAGCGCCAGCAUGCACCUGCUCUCGCCCCUCUCCAGGGACCUCUUCUCGCAGGCAAUCCUCCAAAGUGGCACGGCCAUCGCCCCGUGGGGCGUGCACGACCGGCACACGGCGCUGCAGUCGGCUCUCCGGCUGGCCGAGACGCUGCACUGCCCGCACGACGAGCACCAACUGGAGGCCAUGCUGGCGUGCCUGCGCGAGCAGGACCCCGAGAUGAUCGUGAACAGCGAGACGGGCAACUUCGGCGUGGUCGAGUUCCCCUUCGUGCCGGUCGUGGACGGCGCCUUCCUGGACGAGUCACCGCAGGAGUCGCUGGCGGCGCGCAACUUCAAGAAGACCAACCUGCUGCUGGGCUCGAACCGCGACGAAGGCACCUACUUCCUCAUCUACUACCUGACCGAGCUGUUCCGACGCGACGAGUCGGUCUACCUGGGUCGCGAGGACUUUGUGCGCGCCGUGCGCGAGCUGAACCCGCUGGUGGGCGAGCUCGCGCAGCAGGCGAUCAUGUUCCAGUACACGGACUGGCUGAACCCGGAGGACCCAAUCAAGAACCGGGACGCCGUGGACAAGAUAGUGGGCGACUACCACUUCACGUGCUCGGUGGUGGAGUGGGCGCACCAGUACGCGCUCGCGGGGUCGCAGGUGUACGCGUACUACUUCACGCACAGGUCGUCGGUGAGCGCCUGGCCGCAGUGGAUGGGCGUCAUUCACGGCGAGGAGAUCGCCUUCCUGUUCGGCGAGCCGCUCAACAAGUCGCUCGGCUACCGGCCGGACGAGCAAGCGCUCAGCCGACGCAUGAUGCGCUACUGGGCAAACUUCGCGAAGACAGGGAACCCCAGCCUGUCCGAGGAGGGCCACUGGGAGCGCAUCUACUGGCCCGUGCACACAGCGCACGGCAAGGAGUACUUGACGCUGGCCGUCAACUCCAGCCUGGUGGGAUACGGCCACCGGGCAAAGUAUUGUGCCUUCUGGCAACAGUUUCUACCUCGCCUCGUCAAUCUCUCCGAGAACCAGCCCAACAUGUCAGCCACCUGCACGAACGGGGCAUCCUCUGCGCGGGAGGUCUCUGGGUGGACGCUGCUGCUACUGCUGACACUGCCCACGGCGCUGCACCUCCCGCCGCUGCUGCUGUCCCUGCUACCUCUGCCCCUGGCGGCGGCAGACGCGAGUCUCGUGGCGGUGGCGGUCACGUCCACCACUCUGUUCCCUCGCCGUAGGAUAUGGUGCUAACUGUAUACACGCGGGAGGGCACGACAACCCACGGACACAGCUCGCCGCGCGCGGACAACACCCCAGCGUCAGCCGGGACACGUCGGCUACGGGCGCCCCGCCGGACUAGAUAGGAAGUGGUGGUGCGUGUUUACCCAGUGCGAUGCCCUUGCGUCUCCCGGCGAUACGUGGAACCUUAUGUUGUUUGUGUUCUUUUGCGUUGUUCUUCGGCGGGACGUCACUUCGCGAGCUCGUUGCGGGUCCGGCCGCAGGCGACCUGCUGCUGGUCGAGACAGCGCUUGCUUCGCCGUUCUUGAUGACCAGCGUCGGUGCACCACCGAGCCUCACGCAUACGCAAGCGGAUCGACUGACAGCAGACGUAGCCGGCUUCGCUGUUGGUGGACCUGCUCUAAUUGUGUGACUUAUGCUGUGGAACGUUUGUCUGUCCUGCGUAUCUUUUGUUCCUUUAUUUCAUUUGGUCUUUUUUUUUAUUCAUUCUGCUUAGCUGGGCAGCGAAGUAUGUUCACAACUCAUCGCUGAGGAAUGCCUCGACAGACGCUGAAAACGGCUCGUCACUUCUUUUUCGAAGACUCCAAUCAGGUUUUUCACCCUCUUCCCAAGGCUAUUAUAGACAGGAAGUUGCUUCAUCGCGAAAAAGGAUGAUUAUACAAGUUUCAAGAAGCUUUCGUUGAGGGUGCAUGUUAUUACCCUGCGGAGCAUCAUUAUUACCCUGCAUAUGCCGACGUGCUUUACUUACAUUUGCGGAAAUCUCUGUAACGACAAACUAGUGUCUUUGGGCUCCGUCAACUACUUAAGUGCAGUUCGGGAACGGUGUACUGGUCUUAAACAAAACUGACUCAAGCGAUACCGCCUUACUGGCUCUGUCGAUGCAUCACUCAGCUGUGAUCCCAUGAAAAGUGCGUCGGCUGUGAAACAAAAAUCGGUGAGGAACUCAACCUAUAUAUAUAGCACAGUCGUUGCUACCGCUGCAGUAGCCACUCGUUAUGUAUCGGAAGACAGAUUCGAUCAGAGUUAGUCAACCAUUUUUGGCGGGUAUCCCUCCAACUUGCGGUCGUAUUAUAGUGGUGAACACCCGCCUGCAAUUGAUGUAACGCCAUAGCACCUACGCAAGACUGAGGGUAUGUAGGUUGCCUAGGUUACGAGCAUGUUAGUUACAUUGGCUUUACGCUAACGGCUUACCGCACGGACGUCACACGGCUGUACGCUGUGACGCUUGGAGUGUGGAGAGACUUCUGGCUACAUUGCAACUGCAGCCGCAUUUGCGGAAACACCACCCUCGCCCCCAUCUUACGCGGUCACGAUUCGCGCAUGGCUUUAUUAAACAGUCGCCCCGCAUGUUCACCGACUACUGCCCUCUUCUAGAAACACUGCCCAACUCCGUCACACUGUCUAACUCUUCGAGGCAAUCAGAGAUCCCGCAGCAACAAUGUGGUGAACCAGUCACGGCUGACGUUAUCGAACAGGCUAACUGUUCGCUGCUUUCCUCUCCCCGGAUAUCGGUACAGUACUUUGCGGAGAACAGCGAAAGACCUGGUAUAGAAAAGUAGGUCAGUGAACAAGCGCGGCUGACGAUAAUUGUGUGGAAGCGAGGAGAGUGUUUCCGCAACAUACUUGGCAGAAUACGAAGCGUUUGCCGAGGCAGAUUAACACUUGUCGAUUAAGACUUGUCGACAAUGAAAAUGUGACGUACGUUAACGCCCACAUUUUUUGUCUCUAUCUAUCGUUAGUUUUUGUUUCGUGUUCUUCAAGGGCUGACGCGUCUGUCGGCGUACCCGCGGUGUCUAUGCAUGCUCCCAAGCUCGCCGUAAUCAACUCGCUGUGCGGCCGGCGUUGGCCGCUCAUCACGAGUUGUUCAAACUUCUUCCACUGUUCGCCGGACGGGUUCUCCUAUGUCAUUCACUCAAGAAGCGAGGCAGGUAAUAAAAAAAGAAAGAUUACAGAAAACAGAGACGGUUAAGAGAGAGGCUAGCCUUUAAGCUGGGACCUGCGCACUGUGUUCCCUUUGACGUACACCCGAGUGUUAUUGACUCGUGAUAUAUGCACACUGCUUGUUUCCUCGUAACUUAAACCCUUGGCAACUGGCACCCGCACAAAUGGGAGUAUGAUAGGAGUAAACGGUGGCGUAUAGCCUCGAAAUUCAACACCCAUGGCGUAUCGCUUCACCGCACAGCCCGCAUGAGCUGUCGUGUGCAUGGUGCCACUGGAAACACUGAAGACAGGAAGGUGAGACGGCAUCUGAUCUCAAUGCCACAUGUACGCGAAUGAGUUGACUUGCGUGUUACAACUUACAGCAGCGAUCGUCCUAAAUGUUAUAACCAUGAAAAGUGGAAUGGGUCAUCAGACAACGACGACGCCGGAUUUCAGUUUCCUCAAAUUAAUCGAAGACUGCACUAUGCACUCCGGUGUCUUCUGAGGUGACUGGAUCGCACUACUCUCUUUCUUAGUGCGACGACUAGAAGUUGUGACAAGAUGUGCCGCAAGAGCAUCCUGAGAACUUCUACGUACCACCGUUCAAUCUUUGUCUGAUGGCACGUAAUCUGGCAGAAGAAGAGGGCGAAAGCAGCAAUAAUUAAUAUACUCUGGUCUUGGCCGCUCACUGGGUUGUUUUCUCUUCAAUUAAACGUAUUGGGGAACAGGAGAAUGUUCGCAGCCAACAACAAUAAGUGAAACGCGGAGCCUUGCGUCGUCCACCGAUGUGGCUUCCGUCCUGUCUCCACGUAUACACACUCAGGAGCCAAUGAGGCGUGCAAGUGCCGAAAUUAACCGCAGUACAGCAUUUCGAAGGAGGGGAACAACAACUUCAUUGAAGGGUCCGGCGAGUUACACGCGGCUUUGGGCGAAUAUCCCCGCCUCUAUAGGCGUCGACCACGAGACCCUGAGCUCUGGCGGCUUCCUCGACCCGAUGGACAGCCCACAGUUGGUCUUAGAGGGAGGAGCGGAGCGCAGUCUUCCCAGCGCGUUCGGUUCGAGGCUGCGUCCCCCAACUGGAACCUUCCGUUUUGUUCACACUCCCAUAACAUGUUCCAGGGUUGCCCUGGCCUCGCGAAACUUGCAUUUGUUUGGCGGAUAAAGCUCUGGGUAACCGAUAUUCAAGAUCACAGGGGUUGGAAUCGUCCGCAGCUGUCGCCAAGCGGCCUCCCGUCUCUCGUUCAGUUUCUGGUGUGGCGGCGGAAAUUUGCAUUUCGAGAACGAGAAAAAGAAAAACACGAUCCCGCUCCAGUGUCUCCGGUGGUCUUGCAGAAUAGGCUUAUAUGUGCAGCAUUCUACAGAAAUUCGCUCAGUGGGAAAGGUAUCCAUCCGGUUGUACCUUUAUCCGUGUUUGCUCUCCUGGUAGAUUCAAGAAUCGUUUCAUACGUUUUCUAUCUCGGUCCUUCCUUUCCGAUGGAACUUGGCAAGUGGCACAUAGUUUUGAACAGUUAGUGCAACAUUCGCUGUCGUGACAUACGUUGAAACGGGGUAAAAAAUUCAAAUAUUAUAACGAAUAAUAAGCAUAAAGAAAGCAACAUGACCCCUCUUCCCGCAGUCGCUUUCGUGACAGUCGGAGCUCGAACGAAUCCAUCCUUUCAAAUCCGUGCUUCUCUGUUUUACAAACUCCCGCUCGGAACAGACGUCCGUUGUUCUUACGCUUAAAGCUUUAGUAAGAAAGCCUUCGCAAGCGACGUCUGGGGUAAUCUCUGAAACUUCCACAUUGAAUGGAAGCGUAGAAGAAGAAAUAUCUCUCAAGCAUGGGAGCAUAAAACAAAAAUAUAAUGAAGAAAGGAAGACAUUGAAAUCACGGGCUCAACUAUUAUCAUCACGAGAGGAAGGCCCAAUAAACAUCGUUACAAGAAGAAAGAUCUGUCAAGCAGGCAGCGUUGAAGUUUGAGUACGCCUCUCCCUUUCCUGCGUUGACGAAGCAAAAAAACAACAACAAAUUAAAAACGCGAUCGAGACAGUGGGUUGUUCACAAAGGUGUAAGAGAUAUCAAGGCAUGUGGGGGGGGGGUGAAUUUUCGAGUUUGCGCGUCAUUAAAAGGCGCGAGCAUACAUCGCAGAGCAUACAAUGUAAGACCCAAGCGCCACGGACGUUGGGCUAAGCCCGUGGGCAAGAUCAUAGUACUGUCCUAAGCCAUCGGACCUUAAGAGGCAAGAGGAUCGAGCGCCUUCACACCCCACUAGAAGGAACAAUCGUCCAGAACGAGUGGCCGAGUCUAAUGGCGAGUCUGUCGAAACUUUGCUCCUUUAGACUAGAGGAUUUAAAAUAGGAAGAAGGCGACGCUAUCGCCUUCGUCAGGCGCCACGGCGAUCCUCCGUUGCCGUCCAACAUUGUUUGGCCGUCGAAUCCGAAGCUAUGAGUCCUUAUGCGGCCUUCCACUUCAGAACGAAGAGGGGGGAGAAAAGUUGCAGGAGAAACAAAUGGGCCAAUUAUUCUUUCCGACUCGAAUUCGUAGGCUCUGGGAGGGGUAACGAGGUAACGCGAAAAAAAAAAGAACACCUUUCGUUUUAGAUGCAGGCGUGAGGGCCUGAACAAGCAGACAGCUGGGCUAAUACAGCCCGCGCAGACUCACCGAGAACGUUUAAUUUGCGAGACAGAGAAAUGAGGGAAAGAAUGAAGGAAUGCAAUUUUUUAUCCUUUGCAAGUGGUUCGCGAAAAAAACCUCAUUUAGACGUGCAGCCUUGCGGAAGACACCCGCAGGCAGAGACGAAACUGCUGCACUGUCAUCUCUUCCGACCGCACUAUUUCCUUCUUGCUCGAGGAAAAAAAGAAAAACAACGUAGACCUUUCUUUUGCUAACCUGUUUUGGGCAGCCUUUCUUUCAUGGUAACCGGUUCCUGGCGUUAGUUUCUUCAUGCAAACUUUCGUUUAUUAAAAUUUGUCAAGGCAAGUUCUAAAACCCCUUCCCUCGAACACAGCUUCAUUUGAAUACGUUUUACUUCUCUCUCUCUCUCCUCUUUAUCUCUCGCUCUCUCUGUUUCUAUCUCCUUUGCACAGAAAAAUUAUCAGCUGAUUGUCUCCAGAAACCGCAUUUUUUAUCCACAAUGACAGAGAAAGUAAGUGCCGUUGCCAAGGGACAGAAAUAUUUGACGACAAUUCAUCGCCAGGCAGUUUGUAGCGAAGUGAAUUUAACCAAACACACUGCAGUACCGAAUGCAUUGGAAGAAAUUUAGGAGGAAAGAAGGUAGACCGGGCCAGUUGUUUGAAUUAAGGCACAAAGCAAUGCAUGGAGCUAUGGACACGUGCACAAUGUCGCGUUGCAACUUUGUGCACCGGACUUCGUGCACAAAGUCGAGACGCAAAUGUGUGCACCCGACUUCGUGCACAUAGUCACGAUGCAACUGUGGGCACCCACCCAUAAGUACACGCAAGCUCUUAAAACAGGCCUCAGCUAUGGUGCUGUUGCAUGGUUGCCACACGAGCACGGAGCUAAGCCUUACCGAGGACACGACAAACGGAAAGUACCCGAAGCAACGCGCGCACACGUGGGUCCUGGCUUAUCGGCGCAGCCGCAGAACGUACAGCAGAAAGCUUGCAACAAACGCAUUUCUACGCGAGUCUCCCGACUGUUUAACGUAUGCAUAUAGGUAAACCAUCACCGCGUAUACCAUAGCUCCUCACCGCGAGACUUCUUUCUCCAACCCCCCAUUGCCCACCCAACACCCCCUUUUCAACACAGCAGGCCACCUGUUCUUAAUAUCUCGUGAAAGCGUCAUACCUGCCAGCCUUACGUGGAGAGACACAAAGACGAGCACUCGUUGCUAGGACUAUUACAUCUCCCGUACAAGGCAGCCAUGUUAGCUCUCCCUCUUCAUCUUCACGCGCUCUCUCUUUCUCUCUGGCGCCCGAGCGCCACGUGUCUUCUUUCGUCGUCGGGUUCUUGCCCCGUGUGCGCAUGCGCCGUGUGCUUGUGUAGACAUGCGUAGUGUGUGCAUGUAUUUCGCGAACAUAGAAAGAAAGGAACGCGGCCAAUUGUCGAGCUCCGUUCCUUUCGUACGGCUACUGUUUCGUUUUAUAGCCACUGUCUGCACGGGGGGUGCGAUGUUCGGGCUUGUGCGGUAUCUCUCUCCCCCGACUUCCACGCUAUAGUUGGACGAACCCCUUACGUGAAGUUCUAGCAGCCCCCACUAGGGAGUGCUGUGAGUAUAGCAUGUUGAUGAAGACUAGAUAAGGCGUCGUGUCACCGCUGUUACUCUAUAAAUGUCUGAUGCAGAUUUUUUUUUAACGGUGAUCGCGGAUACAAGAUGUUACGCGACUAAUUCUCGAGUCGUUCGUUUAUAGCUACUCGCAGACGAAGCGUUAGUGCUCCGCAUAUAUGUAAAGUAUAUCAGGUAGGCCAUGAUGUCACACAUUCAGAAAGUGUGUCGCGUAUCUUAAUUGUGGAGGCUCACGGCAGUGUGUGAGAUGCUUCCCAGGUGAUCUCAAAUAUCGUUCUCACUACGUGUCAGUGCGCCGAGAAACCGUAAUGACAUUCUUUGAUUUUUUUUUUCUUCCUUUUUUUUUACAGUCUUAGCUGAAAGCUUCACGGCCAGAAAAAUAGAGGAGGCGCUGUCACGGCAUAUAUUCGUUAAAGAGCAGUUCCCACGUUGCCAGCCGAGGCAAGUUUUCGAGGGACUGCAAAGGCAAGACGUCAAAAGAGGGCAUUUUGUACAUUUAGAGAAAUAAGUUCCGACAACGUGUUUCACGUAGGCGUGCAAUCGACGUUUCUGCACAAAGAACCGGACGGUGCGUGUCGAAGUUCUUAUCAAGCAUACUAGUGUUACCUGAUGCACAAGCGUCUUUAUUUCUUUGCUCCAAUUUGGAUCUUUCGUUUUGGCCUCCGUGACAUCGUGUGUUCACGAUCAACACGCAAACACUGCUGUUUUGUGUUAUAAACUGCCUUUCUAGCAGUUUUAUGGGGGAGAAACUAAAGAAAGGAACAAAACCUCGGCAAUGUUCCAAAAAACAAAAAGGGGCAGAUCUUCGAUGAAAGAAAUGUUAAGCUCGCCUGGUAUGUUGUACGCUAUACACGUUCUCGCAUCCGCAUAGAUUCGGUUCUUGUUUUUUCCAUUCUCUUUCGGUGCGAGCGCACGGUGCAUUUCGAGGGACAUAUCUUACUCGUUGUACAUAGAAGUAUAUAUAUAAAUAUAUAUUAUAUAUAAAUACUAUAUUAAAGUAUAAAUAAACAAGUACGAGCUAUUAUAAUAACGCUACUAUUUACGCACACUUGUGGAUCUAUAUAGUUGCUCCGAGACAAUCGCAUUAACUCUAUGUACCAAGCGUGGCCCUUCAUUUCUUGAACGGGUUCAGGGUUUUCCUUCCCAAAGCGAACGAGGUUCCGAGGUGAAGCCAGCCUUCGCGCGAGUGGAAAGACUCGAAAAAGCAGCAGCAGCUCGAAUAUAAGCCGCGGCCGUGUGCCCGCCUCUGCUUCAGCGCCGACCAAAAACCACUGCCGGCUGGUACGAGUUGUACUACAUGGCUCGCCAUUCAAUUGAUUCAAACAUGCGCAGUAACGAUGCCCUACGUCAGAGUUUACAACAGAAAGCGUUCGGCGUUUCUUGCCCAUUAUCACCUUUUUUUUCUUUUCGGAACUACGAACUACGAUGAACAUGCUGGCAAGAAACAAGCAAAUUGACUGAGCAUGUCGUGGACACCGGUCUUCCUGUUUGUGCUCCCAAAGGAAGCAGAUUUGAGCGUAUCUUUUCCUUCCGCUGCGACCCGCCUAGGGCUAUCACGCGGUUCAAAAUGACAAGGUUGCCACCUACGCCGCUGAGAAACCAACUUUACGGACUCGACGUCCGCGUUCCUCUCCUCUCGUCGCCAGGCGCAGCCGAGCGGUGGCGCCACCACACGAACGCACGAGGCGGACACGAUGUGAUUGCACACGCCUUGCGAUAUCCAGGUCUGAGGUGUCGCCAGCGUUACAGUCUGUGGCUGGCUCCCGCGCGCCCUAGGAGCGACUUUACCGCGCAGCUUCGAAACAAAAUGGGGGCACUACGCGCAACUCCGCUCCCUUUGGACUAGAGUGCACUAGGACGCAUUAUAUAUACAAGGGCUAUAGUGAACUACCCAGGCGGAGUGGCAGGCGUUCGCACUUGAACAUCUGGAGCGGGUAAGGGCAAAGUGUAGCACUGUAUCUCGCACAGUGUGAAGAGAUGUUUGUAGUGAUAAAAAAUAAUAGGCGUGGGCUUAUGAACAUUCCAUAAAACGUGGAUAAAGACAAGGACAACCAACUGUCAGCGUUGUUCUAACAAGAAAUGUCAAAGGGUAGAUGAACGACUGAAAGGAAACCAAGAAAAGAAACGAUGCGUCUCCUAAAUAAGCGCUGGU